AAAAUUAAGGGGGAGAUAACUAGUAAAAGGACACAAGUCAGCAUAAAUAUUGGAUAUUAUUUACUUUGGAAUUGAUCAGAAUAGCCGGCGAGACUGCAUUUCAUUGUUACUGAAAAUGAAAUCCUCAACUGUGAAUCAAUCGUGGAGGACUCUUAGAAUAUCACCCAAUUAGCAGAAUCACGAGGCAAGAUGCUUCAGUGAUUGGCACGGCAUCGUUAUGAAUUUAUACACGUGCGAAAAUUGUAAUUCACAAUGUUACAGUAUUUAAGCUGAUUUGUUUUAUAUCACUUUACUAGUUAUCUCCCCCUUAAUUUUUAUUUAUUUUUUUAAUAUCCCUAAACUGAACAAUUAUCUAGACUAAUUCUUCAACAAAUAUAUAUUAACGACAGAGGUAGUAUUACCGAGAGGUAAUAUUUAUCCCUACUUAAAUGUCGAUGUUUUGUUAGAAUAAAUUAUACUAUAGGGGAUAAUUUAAUAUUUCUCACGGAAAUACUGAACUACGGCUAGAAAAUAAGUAUAUACACCGUUACUAUGUAAACUCGUAAUACUUUCUCAAUACAAAUACUUGUGUCAGCUAUGAGUUUGUCUUUAAGGACAGAUUUUGCAUUGGACAAAAACAAGAAGAAGAAGAAGAGGGAGUUGGCUGAUGAACAAAAGCAGGAAAUCAGGGAAGCUUUUGACCUCUUUGACACAGAUAAAGAUGGCGCUAUUGACUACUAUGAACUUAAGGUGUGCAUGAGGGCUUUGGGUUUUGAAGUGAAAAAAGACAAUGUGCUAAAAAUACUUUAUGAUUACGAUAUUGAGGAGACAGGCAAAAUCACAUUUGAUGAUUUCAAUGAAGUCAUGACUGAUUUAAUGCUCCAGAGAGAUCCUCAGACUGAACUUCUAAAGGCAUUCAAACUGUUUGAUGAUGAUGAGACUGGAAAAAUAAGCCUAAGGAACUUGAGGAGAGUUGCAAGAGAAUUGGGUGAAAACUUGAAUGAUGAUGAACUUCGAGCUAUGAUUGAUGAAUUUGAUAAAGAUGGUGAUGGAGAGAUUGAUGAAGAAGAAUUCCUCUCGAUCAUGACAGGUGAUACCUGAAGCUGAGAUUUUCUGUCCAGCCUUGCUUCAACACCAUCGCCAAUCAGCUUAACUAAGUACAUGGCUGACACUGAAAACUAAAACACUGCUGGAACCUGUACUACCAACACCACAGCCUUAGCUGCAACAGUCAUUAAAUCAACACACACAGAGCAUCAGCACCACCAACAACAACAAUACCAACACCAAACUUCCACUAAUAUAGCAUUUUUACUGUCACCAACAUCUCCAUUAACUGCAGCAAUGCCACCACUACUAACACUAACUCAACAACCAAUGACACCAUGACUAGGAUCCUCUAUGUGGUAGUGAGAUAUGGUAGAGAUAGCAGCCAAAUCUCUUUCAAAUCACACCCUACUAACUUAAUGUAUGUGUAUAUUAUUAUGUGAAUGAUCCAGCAAGGGAGACCUCUGCACGGUAGUUAAACCUGGUAGAAAUAACAGUUAAAUUUCCCUCAAAUCACUCACUAUUGCCUUAUGUAUGUAUAUAUGUAUGAACCAGCAAGGAAGAUUUCUACAUAUUUACUAGACCUUGUAGAAAAUGCAACCAAACCUCCCUUAAAGCAUCUUAGAAGAUGUACUAAUUAUGUGGUCUUGAGUUUCCUGAACAUCAGAAAAAAUUGGAUAGUCAUAGCUGCAAUGCCUUUGAACGUAAAUCUGCUUGGUCAGAGAUGACCUUGGGCUAAAUAGCAACAGAAGCAACCAACACUACACACUAGAGAGCUUCUACAUGGUUGCUCCACCUGUAGAAACUACAGUCAAAUCUCCAUCAAAUCACUGUCUUGUGUAUGUAUUAUUCAACAAAGAAGACUUUUGUAUAAUAGUAGAAAAAUAUCAGCCAAAUCAUCAUCAAACCACACUCCACUGUCUUAUGUAUGUAUAUAUGUAUGCAUCAGCCACCAAAAGCAACCUUUCCAUAAUAGCUAGAUCUGCUAGAAAUAUCAGCCAAAUUUGCAUCAAAUUGCCCUUUGCUGUUUUAAAUAAAGAAUGCAUCAAAUAAUGUAGUAUUUAUAAAAAAAUGCUACAGUAAUUGUUGAAAAAGAUGAUGAUGAAUACUUUUGGUCAUACGUUUGCGCAAUCAGGACUAACCUGAGACUACACAACAACAAUAUACUACAUUAAGACCACUCAUCACCGGCACUAUUACUACUGCAUAACAACUACCAGUACUACAUAGUGUACCACAGCUACCACAACCAUGGCUGCCAACACAACCAUCAACAUGAACAUGAUCAUCAAAAUGUGCACAGUUACUAGCAGUGAUUAACUCCUACCAGCAUGAUGGCCAACAGCAACACACGGCCACCAACACUAGCAAUAUCAUUGAUGCCAAGUGUUGCUACCAUUAACAUUAUCCAGAUUUUUUAAUACCAAAUAUAUGUCCUCUGCUGGUAAUAUAUAUAUAUAUAUAUAUAAACAUAUAUAUUUAUUCUGAAAGGCAGAUAUGAGUGACUGAACAGAUAAUAUAAUCAAAAGUAUGUAACAGAAAAAUCAGCUGGGCUACUGGAUCAAUAAUUUGUUGAAUCAAACUGUACAUUAGCACUAUAUAUAUGUGUGUGUGUAUGUGUGUAUACAUACGUA